AUGAAGAUGGGCAUGUUCGAGCGUGGUCAACGCUAUACCGGGUUGACAAAACAGUGUCAGUCUUACUAUGAGCAGCAUAGUAUGCAUGCUACAGCCUGCGAGGCGAGAGCAAAAGAACUAUUCAGGGCAGUAAAAGCCAUUGCCGCUGCUCAGGGUAAAACUUGGGAUCAGGUUCUCGGCUUAUCUGGCGAUUUCAACAACAUUAUCUUCGAUGGAGGUUUCGAAUACCACGGCCCCGAGAGUGUCGGCAAGUCUCUAUCAUUCGCGCAGUGGUUCUUUCUGGCGUCGCUCAUUGGACUUGGUCAUGAAUUUGCUGGCGCAUCAGCACUGCUGUACUACGUAGGCUGCACACUCGGCAUCGCAGCGGAUAGCUACCCUGUCAAUGUUCGAAUGCCCGUCGCUUCACUAUUUCGUCUUGACAGAGAUCGUCAAUCAACUCGGGGACUUCCAUGGGCUCGUAUGAGCCAGUUUCUACGAGGUAAUGGAAAUUGCAAUAUUCCCAUCAUUGAACUUGAGCUAUCGUGUGGCGAAUUACCGUACGAAGACUCUACGAAAACAAUUCACAAGCUCGCAGCCAUGCGACUCGACGCAUGUGCACAUUCGAUUAUGAUGAAAGCGAUCUUCGACGCAGUCUCCAAGCUUACAAGCAAGGCUAACAAAUACUCCGGGGAUCCUUCGGCCAUAAGGUCAUUUGACAUCGUCAAAGAGUUCCUCGCGACCAGUGAGUCCUUGGUCAAGAUGUUCGACAGUGUUAUCGAUCAAGCUUUAGAAUGGACCGGAGAUUAUGACAGGAUCUACCAAAAGAAAUACAUGGGUGAUGAUCCUGAUCUCACAAAUCAUGAUCUCGAACUGCGGAAAGCCGCACCUUCGAAUAUCAUUAGACUCGACGUCUCCUACGAUUUUGCCGUGGACUCUCUUCACGCUGAGACCGCGGCUUAUGAUGGUAUUCACUUCGGAGGUUUUGGCCCUAACAAGAAGUCCAUCUUUCUAGACGAUGAUGAAGUGAUUACUGGAGCGUCAUGGAAUACAGGAGUCUUAGCUCAGGAUGUUAACAAGAAAGUCAUACUCAACUUGGUCAUCAACACCACGGAAAGAAAGCUAGGGCCUUUUGGUAGCGGUGGCGGCAAGAUUAGAGGAAAUGCUGAGAAGCAAACCUUUCAAGUCCCUAAGACGAUGAAAGUGUAUGGUCUUAUCGACUCAGCUGGGAAAUACAUCGAGCACAGAGGCGAUGUUAUCAUGGAGAGUGGGGGAUUCAUCGCGGAGCCUAGGUUUAUUGUUGGUCCUGCACAAUAG